GUGUAAGCCCUGUCAGACCUGUGAGUGCCCCGACUGCCAGCCCUGUAGCCAAGUUUGCAACUGCCGUAACUGCCCUGAGUUUAUGCCCUGCCAACGCUGCGACUGGAGGCAAUUUACGUGCCCAGAUAUCUGCAAGUGCCCAAGAACCCUGUGCGAAGACAACUGUCAGUGUCAGUGCCAGUGCCAGGGCAUAAACAGCUCGUGUACCUGGAACAGUGUGCUGUGUUCAAUCAUUUUCACAGUGAUUGGCUUGAUCGGAUCAGCGUAUUGUUUCAUCGUGUCAUCUGUGGCUCUGGACCUGGGGCCACUUUGCCGUGUCACGCCGCUGGGGGAGUGGAAACAUCCUUUUCACAAGGGGAAUUACCUGAAUGAUCCAAACUUGUGGGUGAAAUGUCUGGAACCCGAGAAUGCGAUCCCCUGGCACGUCAAGCUGUUCUCCAUCUUGCUGGUGGUAAGCGCCGUUGAGUUCAUUAUCUGCAUUGCUCUUCUCAUCAACAUUCUGAUCGGAGUAAUCUGCAAAGAGUGGAAUUGCUUCAAGGGAUACGGCCCCAUCUAACCCCCAUUUGAAGUGAAUUCCAUUAGAUUGACUCAAACUGUGUGUUACUCUGGAAGGAGCUGAAGGUGACUGAUUGAAAUCCGCUGUGUGCAGCCGCAAAGAGGUUCAAGUGUGAAAAUAUUUUGCCCUAUUAUUUCUACAGAAUCUUAUGAUAAUAUAUCCCACAAUUUACCUUACAAAUAAAUAAAGUAUC